AUGCAUCGUUUACUCUUUCUUCUUUUCUUAUGUCUCUUGAUUCUUGCAACAGGAGCCGAAAGCUCUCACACGAAUAACUGGGCAGUUUUAAUAUCUACAUCUCGUUUUUGGUUUAAUUAUAGGCACGCUGCUAAUGUUUUGGGGAUCUACCGUUCAGUGAAACGGCUGGGAAUUCCAGACAGUCAAAUUAUUCUCAUGAUUGCAGAUGAUUAUGCCUGCAAUUCUCGAAAUCUUUUUCCGGGAACCGUUUUCGAUAACGCUGAUCGUGAUAUGGACCUAUAUGGAGAAGAUAUAGAAAUUGAUUACAAGGGUUAUGAGGUGACUGUGGAGGCAUUUGUUCGUUUAUUAACUGAACGUGUAUCUGAAAAUACACCAGCUAGCAAGCGACUCCUGACCAAUGAGCAUUCCAAUAUAUUAAUUUAUAUGACAGGACAUGGUGGUGAUGGAUUUAUAAAGUUUCAAGAUGCUGAUGAGCUCAGUUCUGAAGAUUUUGCUGAUGCCUUGGAGCAAAUGCACCAACACAAGCGAUAUAAUGAAAUUCUAUUUAUGGUUGAUACUUGUCAGGCAAACUCUCUGUAUAAGAAGAUUUACUCACCAAACAUUGUUUCCAUUGGUAGCAGUGAAAUUGGUACUUCGUCUUACUCCCAUCACGCAGACCCAGACAUUGGUGUAGCAGUGAUUGACCGUUUUACAUUUUCAACUUUGGAGUUUUUGGAGAAUCGUGUGGAUAUCAAAAGUAAAUUGACCAUUCAAGAAUUAGUUGACUCUUACGAUCCCGGAGCGAUUCGAUCUACUCCUGGGGUCGAGUCCACGUAUUCGCAAAAAGGCUUGGACGAAGUUUUGAUUACGGACUUCUUUGGGAAUGUCCGUGAUAUAGAACUUCACCAGGGACCUACGAAAUGGAUUUUACCUGAUGAACAAAAUGACACUUUGUCUAGCUACACAGAUUCAUCCUUAGUUACACAGUCCCCUCCUAAUCUGACAAAACCGGUCAAUGGAAAAAACAGAGGGAAGAGUGUUCCUUUACGUUUACAUAAUUACUCAUUUUCAGAUAUCUGUUCAACAAGUCUCUUUUUGUUUAUUUUGAUACUCCCCUUUUGCUUGCAAAUUGUUUCUAAAAAGAGACGGUGA